AUGUCACACAAACAAGGGAAAUUGAGUCCUAAUACUCCUAAGACAAAUCCAAAUGCUAUUAAUCGUAAUGUGAGCCUACAUGCACUGGAAUAUGAAGAAGCUAUGGAAGUUGAACAACCCUUGAGUGAUACUUCAGAACCCGAUCCGUCUUCAGAUGCAAGCCAGGAUGAACAGCACCCUUGGUUUUAUAAUGCUACUGUCAAAGGUGAUUAUGCGACUACUUGUGAACAAACAGAUGCUUCCGUUGAAGCCUAUGACGAAAAUGACGAAGCAAGAGCUUCCGGGGUUAUUGAAGGUGUUUUUGAAAAUGUUUUGCAUCACAAACAAAGUGCUAGUCGUGCAGACGUUCGUGUGGUUCGGGGAUCAGGAAUGAUUCGUUGUCUUCCGUGGAAAAUACUUGUAAUUUUCCAUCCAUCAGACGCUCAAUCGACAAUUGGUGUUUUUGUACAGUGUAAUGCAGAAAGCGAAUCAUUAACUUGGAGUUGUACUGCGAAGGCGACUAUUCAGUUAGUUGCCCAGAGACCGAACUGUAAGAACAAAGAAAUGAAAAUUCAGCAUACAUUCACGCAUAAGGAAAAUGAUUGGGGCUUUCAGCAGUUUAUUAGUUAUGAAGAGUUGCUCAAUCCAGAUAGAGGUUUCUUAUCUCCAACAGAACCAAAAGAUACUAUUAUUAUCCGAGCUCAUAUUAAAGCCGAUGCUCCUCAUGGCGCUGAUUGGGAUUCCAAACGCCAUACUGGAUUUGUUGGGUUGAAGAAUCAGGGCGCUACCUGCUACUUAAAUUCUCUACUUCAAGCACUGUAUUGCACAAAUAAAUUACGACGUGCAGUAUUUUUAAUGCCAACGGAAAGUGACGAUGCUCAAACAAGUGUACCUCUAGCUCUGCAACGAGUAUUUUAUGAAUUACAGUUCAGUAGUCGUGCUGUAGGCACUAAAAAGUUGACUCGCAGUUUUGGUUGGGCUACUUUAGACUCAUUUAUGCAACACGAUGCCCAAGAAUUAUGUCGGGUGUUAUUAGACAACUUGGAAAAUAAAAUGAAAGGGACUUCAGUUGAAGAUGUUAUACCCGGAUUGUUUUGUGGAAAAAUGCUUUCUUACAUAAAUUGUAUCAAUGUUCCUUAUUCUUCGAAGAGGGAAGAAAAUUUCUAUGAUAUUCAACUCAAAGUUAACGGGAAUCGUUCUGUUUAUGACGCUUUCAAUGAAUACAUUGCUAAAGAAACCCUUUCCCAAGAUAAUAAAUAUGAUGCUGGUGCUUAUGGAUUGCAAGAAGCUGAGAAAGGUGUUAUAUUUACACGAUUUCCACCGGUAUUGUACCUGCAACUAAUGCGUUUCCAGUAUGAUUUUGUUGCUGAUACAAAUAUCAAACUGAAUGAUCGGUUUGAAUUUCCUUAUAUUCUUAAGUUGGAUCAGUUUUUGGCUGAACCGAAACCAUCUACUUAUAAACUUCACGCGGUACUUGUGCAUUCGGGUGAUAAUCAUGGUGGUCAUUAUGUUGUAUAUAUAAAUCCAGCACUGAAUGGCAUAUGGUAUCAGUUUGAUGAUGAUGUUGUUUCACGUUGCUCACCUCGGGAUGCUAUCGAUAUGAAUUUCGGUGGCAGUGAUGAUCCUGAUAUGCGUCUUUGCACAAACGCUUAUAUGCUUGUGUAUAUUGCCGAUUCCGCGAAAGAUGAUGUUCUAUGCCCUGUUUCUGAGAUUGAUAUUCCAGAGACAUUACGUGAACGAUUCAUGGAUGAACAAAGAUUGGAUGAAGCUAAAAGGAAACAAAAAGAAAAAGUUCAUUUAUAUGUGGCUAUUCAAUUAAUACUUGAAGAGGAUUUCUAUGGUUGGCAGGGUCCAGAUUUGUGUAGCCAAGAAUUUUUACCCAGUCGAAUGUUACGCGUUCAAAAACAAACUCUUCGUCCAAAAUUAUUAGAGGAUGUAGCUAGUGUUUUGCAUCAUCAACCUGAAACAAUACGUUUGUGGCGAUUCCAACCUCGACGUAAAAAUAUGCCUACUCAUUUAGUUGAACUAUGUGAUAAUCAACCAUUAUGUGCUAUGAAAGAUGCUCUCAUAUUUUUUGUUCAAUCUGAUACUAUGAAUAAUAGUAGCAGUUCAAUUAUUAGUUCACGUACUACAGAUAAAGAACAAGCUGUAAUGAUAGAUCGACAUUUGUUUUUCUUAAAAUAUUUCGAUUCAUUUACAUGGACAUCAACAUUUUGUGGUCAUGUGGAAAUACGUAGAGAUGAACCGUUGCGAGUUAUUGAAUCAAUAGCACGUGAACGAGUUGGUUUACCAUCGAAUUGUAAUUUGAUAUUUUUUCAAGAUGAUACAAAAUCAUUGAUAUCUGAAAUUACACAACUUGAUAUUCCAAUAUCAAAAAUGUAUAAACGUGAUAUUCAAGGUCAAGUUCUAUACUUCCAGGCUAAAUCAAUAAAUUGCUCAAUCCCAUUACCAUUUGGAUUAAUGGAAACUACUGAAACAGGAAAAGAAGCAUUGACCAGUCUAAUGGAUGAUACAAAUGUUUUGUCUUCUGUUGAUGAAAAUACCCUCCUUACUGACAAUAAUAGUCAGGUUGUUGGAGUUAAUGGUAUGGUUGUUCCUUCACAUAUAGUGGAUGAUAAUACUGUUGGUAGUAAUGCAAAUGUUAGCAGAGAUUUGCCCGAAUCUUGUUCUAAUGUCUCAUUAUCAAGUAUUGAUUCCAUUGCUUUGCAUAAAAUGGCAACUUUUCCAUCAGUGGCUGGCAAUAAAUCUCGAUCUUGUAUGAAUUUAAUGGAUCAACCAAUUACGACCGAUUUACAAACGCAAACAAUCACAUCUGCAGAGAAAAUGACAAUUUUCGAUUACUUCGGCAGUUAUAUACGUCAAUUCGAAAUACUGUUGGUAGAUAAGCUUAGACCUCAGGACGCUGGAAUUCUCAUUCAAGUAUCAGCUGAUCUUACUUAUUGGGAAUUUGCCAAUGUUGCAGCAGCAUACUUAUCAACCCAAAGUAAUCGUCUUCAAUUUUUCCGUUCACAACAAGGAUUUGGAAAUGCAACAGAUACUGGUAAUGCACCAAUUUAUGUCUCACCUGUCUCCGCUGGAAGUGAACUUGCAUCUCCACCUAUCAGUUCAGAAACUACAGGCAACACUUGUAGCAAUAAUAACGUUUGUUCCGCAGAAAGUGGAGCUUUAGGCGUUACAGGAACACGUGGAUCCUCAAUUCAUCCUCAUUUGCUAACGGCUAAAUCAUCUGGUUUCCCAACGUCAUCACCUUACCUAAAUUCACUUGUGGCUGCUGCAGCCGCUCAAGGUUUGAUACGAGAGCCUCCCGGUGCUGCAAUCAGCUCGUCAUAUUCUGGUACAUUACAGGAAAUUUUCCUUCCGUUUACUGUUGCGCCCACGAAUACUUCAUGGGCUUCUGAUGUCAGUGGUGUUGGACCAGGUUUGGUUAAUAGCGGAAAUACAUUGUCAGGACCUGGUGGGAAUAUCCCCACUCCAGAUCGUUUUCCAAUACCGCUUAAUCGUUUUUGUGGUGCUGUGACUGUUAACCGUUCCCCUUUGGGUCCUGUUACUUCUCCUCCACCUCGUCGGGUAUACUACGCACAUUUGGCUAUUCGGAUUGAUGAACUUGAAACUAUGCGUCAAGUUCGUGUGAUUUAUGUUGGGCAAAAAUUAUCUGAAAAAGCAGAACUAAUUCUUUCAGUACCUCAAAAUGGUUUAGUUUUAGAUCUUUUGAAGGAAGCUGCUCGUCAUUUAGUCUUGCCUCCUGGUGGUUCUGGCCAACUGCGUUUACUCAAAAUCUAUCGUAAUCGAAUUAUACAGGAGUAUCCUCCAACACAAAAACUUUCACUCAUACCUGAAUCUGCUGUGUUUCCUCAAACAUAUGCCGGAUCAUCUCCUAAUCAUAGUCUUCGAAUUGAAGAAAUUCCUCUAGACGAAAUAAAUUUAAAGCCUGACGAAACUGUAGUAUAUGUUUCUCAUUUCGAUAAAGCUUUUACAGAAACUUUCGGGGUGCCAUUUACCGUACGCAUUCGAGAUGGUGAGAAUUAUACAGCUGUACGUGAGCGUAUACGUAAACGACUAGAAGUACCUGAAAAGGAGUUUGAUCGUUGGCGAUUCGCUGUAAUUUAUCCAACUGAAGGUGCUUAUAUUCCAAACGAAGGAGACCCUACUGUGCAAAUCAAAAGGUUUACUCACUAUUGUCUUCCCGAGAGUCGCCCUUGGUUAGGCAUUGAUCACAAGCCAUCUAAACGUCCUCGUUAUGCUCCAAAUGAAAAACCUAUCAAGAUUCAUAAUUAA